AAUACAUUUAUUUCUUUGAGUUGUCAGCAGAUAAGGCAGUGGCAGUAGGUCUUGGCAGAUUGACUUGGGAUUCCUGUAGCCAGGGAACUUGCUGGCCACAGAGACCUGCACAGAGGUGGAAAUGUAGAGGUGCACCCUGUUUGGAAUUUUUUUAUCUACUAAUUAGAAAGCUGCACAUAUGCAGAAGUUGUAGCUGCUGUGGAUGUGAACACUCUUGCCAAUGAUGUUUAUAAGUACAACUUUCCCAGCACGCCGCUAUGGGCAAAGACUAUUGAGGGCAUAACAUUGAAAGAAUUUGACAGAUUAUCUUUUGAUAUGAUUUUGAUGAGUCCUCCCUGUCAGCCAUUUACAAGAAUUGGCCUGCAAGGUGAUGUGUCUGAUCCACGGACAAAGAGCUUCCUCUAUAUCCUUGAUAUUCUCCCAAGGCUUCAGAAGCUUCCAAAAUACCUACUUUUAGAAAAUGUUAAAGGAUUUGAAUCCUCUUCUGCAAGGAAUGUACUUUUGCAAACACUAGCAACAUGUGGAUUUAAAUAUCAGGAAUUUCUCUUGUCUCCAACCUGUCUUGGCAUUCCCAAUUCUAGGCUGCGGUAUUUUCUAAUUGCAAAGCUUCACCAAGAACCGUUUUCCUUUCAAGCUCCUGGUCAAAUAUUGACAAGAUUCCCAGAUCAGGAUCCAGAAGGUUUACUCAAGGAAAAGGUUGCUGACGAAGUGGGUGAAACCAGUUCUUCUUUGUCCUCUGAGGAGAAGAAUCGGGAUCCAAAUAUUGGUCCAGAUUGCAGCAGCAAGAAGAGUAUACCAAAAGGAGCCUUUCUAUUUAAGCUUGAAACAGUAGAAGAAAUGGAAAGGAAACAUAAUCAGGAUAAUGAUUCCUCUAUUCAAAUGCUAAAAGACUUCUUGGAAGAGGAAAACAAAGAAAUGAGUCAGUAUUUCUUACCACCAAAGUCCUUACUGCGCUAUGCUUUCUUGUUAGACAUUGUUAAACCCACCUGCCGAAGAUCCACAUGCUUUACAAAAGGGUAUGGACACUAUGUGGAAGGGACUGGCUCAGUUCUGCAGACAGCAGUAGAUGUACAGCUUGAAUCAGUGUUUAAACAUAUUGAUGAGUUACCAGAAGAAGAGAAGCUUUUGAAAUUGUCAACACUAAAACUGAGGUACUUUACCCCAAGAGAAAUAGCAAAUCUUCAUGGAUUCCCUUCAGAAUUUGGUUUUCCUGAAAAGGUAACAGUAAAGCAAUGCUAUCGUCUUCUGGGAAACAGCCUCAAUGUACACGUGGUGGCAAAAUUGAUCUCCAUUCUACUUGAGUAACUUAGAACCUGAAGCUGAUGCAUAUGGACUGGUGACAGAAAAUACUUCCAUCUUUUAGGAGAAAGCUGAUGGAACCUGCACAAAAACCAGAGCUUACCAAGAUAUUUGUCCAGACAUUUUGCUGAACAGUUUUGAUAUGUUUUUAAUAACUGGCAUUCAUAAUGGAUUUGAACUGUACAGGUGUUUUAUUUAAAUGACAGUUUACAGGACUUAUUUGCUUUAUUUAAAUGUUCUUAUUAGUUUGCAGAAUGAAAAACAGCAGCAUAUGCAAAUACUUCAAUGAGAAAGGAUAAGACUAUUUUAUUUUAUUUUUUUGCCUUAAAACCCUUUUCUAAGGGCUGUGUGAAGCUGUUUUAAUUAGGUAUAGAGACCAAGUUCUACGUGUAAAAUGUCUUCAUCUUUAAAUGUAAGUGAUCCAUUCUGAA